CGUACAACCCCGCCAUAUUGUUGACAAAAUAAUUUCUUGCCACAUCCACCCGCCGAAAACCCUACAAAUAAGUUGCCACUAACUCACAUGAACGAUUGCUGACAAUUCUACAUCCGUCACGCCAUAAGCGCCCUUGAAAUUUCUAUGGUUAACCUUACAGGUCGUCGCAUGCAGCGACCGAGAGGAUGCCCUCCUACUACUACCAUUUGAAAUUCGAACUUUACCCCAACCCCGAACCAAACAACGCAAAAAGCCCGACCUGGAUACCACCUUCCAACAGCGAUAUCUUUACCCAGAAUAACUGGCCGAACCACCCACGACCUGCCAAAUCCCCGCGACAAGUUUCGGAGAGCUUAAGCUUGAGCUCGAGCUCUGAGAGAAGGAAAACAUCGAAUGGAUUGCAUCUGCGGAGCGCGACACAAGAGCUUGUACCUCCGGCAUCUGGGGGGGUUAUUGACUGCGGGCCCUCGAGGGCUUUGAGUAGUAGUAGGGAAGUCGAGGGGACUGGCGUGGGACGAACGAUCGUUACAAAGAGGGAUCUGGGGUUUCCUGCGCCGGCGCCGAGGCCGAAGCUGGGGGAUUUGAGGGUUGCGAGGAGGGAUUGGAGGUUUGAUCGGAUACGGGUUGAGAGCUUUGAUAUGGUGGGAGAUAGCGAUCGAGGGGGACAUAUGAGGGGUGAGAGUAGUGGGAAUAAUGGUAAUGGGGCUCUGCAGUUCGGACGGAGGGGUACGAGUGGGAUUAAUGCUGGGCUUGCGGCCGGGGUAGGAGGGAGGGUCACGAAGGCUUUGUAUGAGGUUCUUGAGGGCAGGAAUACGGAGGUUGGGUGGGGAGUUGUGCAUUUGUAUCGGGAUGGGGAGGAGACGCCUGGGUUGGGGAUCGGUGCUGCACCGGGUUCUGGGACGAAUACUCCUGAGCGUGGUCUUGCUACUUCUUCUCUUGCUGGUUUACGGAUAAAGGAUGAUGGCGAGGGAGAGGGAGAAGAUUGCACUACGCUGUGUAUUCCGGCUGUGCCUAGCUAUCUUACUCCCAGUGAUUUCUUGGGGUUUGUGGGUGAGAAGACGAGGGAGCAGGUUAGCCAUUUUAGAAUGGUUUUGACGGAGAGAAUGAAUCGGUAUCUAGUUCUCAUGAAGUUCAGAGAUAAUGGGGAGGCGAGGAGGUGGAGAGCAGAGUGGGAUGGAAAGGUCUUCAACAGUAUGGAGGUGAGAAACCCCAGUCUUCAUGUAUUCUACUCUUAUCUGACCAUUGGAAAUAGCCAGAAACUUGUCAUGUUGUAUUCAUCAAAUCGAUUACCUUUCAAGCACCCAACUCCUCGCGAUCAAAUACUAGUUUCCCGGAGCUCUCUCAUGAUCCUUUUACACCAUCUACUGCGGCAUCUGCCUUCUUGAAACCAUUUCCUCCGCCAACUCCAGAUCUCGUUGAGCUACCAACAUGUCCUGUUUGCCUGGAAAGAAUGGACGAUACCACCGGUCUCCUCACCAUUCUCUGUCAACACGUCUUCCAUUGUGCUUGUCUUCAGAAAUGGAAAGGAAGUGGCUGUCCCGUAUGUCGACAUACCAAUCCGCCACCCAGCCAAAACACCCCCAAUACCUACCCCCAUGACCCCUCCAACCCACCAUUUGGUAGUGGCGAAGCCCAACUUUGCAGUAUAUGUGACUGUGCGGAUGACCUCUGGAUCUGUCUCAUCUGCGGAAACGUCGGCUGCGGCCGCUACAAAGGAGGCCACGCAAAAGAACACUGGAAAGAAGUAGCCCACAACUUCGCGCUCGAAAUCGAGACGCAACAUGUGUGGGAUUACGCGGGGGAUAUGUGGGUUCACCGACUCAUCCGGGAUAAAGGCGAUGAGAAACUGAUCGAGUUACCUUCAUCCUCGAGACCGAUGGGGUAUGGUGGGGAGAGAGGGAGACAUGAGAUGCAGAAUAUGGAGAUGGUUCCUAGAGAGAAGUUGGAGGGGAUUGGGAUGGAGUAUACCCAUCUCCUCACCAGCCAGCUGGAGAGUCAACGUGUGUACUUUGAGGAAUUGGUGGGUAAGGCGGUGGCUAAAGCCUCUGCUGCCUCUUCAGCAGCGAGUAGUGCCUCUGCCCGAGCCGAAGAAGCACUCUCCCGUCUCCAAAUCCUCGAAAUCGAAAACACGAAACUGAAACAAGAAACCAUCGCCAACCUCGAAAAGGAACUCUCGCGCGAAAAGAAGAAAGCUGAGAAGUCCUCCGAGGUGGCGCGCCGGUUCGGAAGCAGUCUCGUGGAAGAGAAGAAGGUGAGUGAGGGUCUGAUGGAGCGGAUCGAACAUCUGAAUAAAAACUUCGAGGACCUGACCAAGGAAGUUGCGAAGGUGAGAGGUGAGAAUGAGGAGCUGAAGGAGGAGAAUCGUGAUUUGCUGUUUAGUAUUACGGCUGGGGAACGGUUGAAGGAUAUGGAGGCCCAGGAGAAUGCUGCGGAUGGAGGGUCCGGAGGUGGACUGGAGAGAGGUGAGAUUGAGGGGGGGACUGUGAGUGUGCCUGUGCCGCCGCCGUUGAUGGUGGAGAAGGGGAGGAAGGGGAAGGGGAAAGGGAAGAGAUGAUGUGGGUGGGUUUUAUGCUGGGUUUUGAGUGGUGGAUCAUGGGAAUGGGAUGGGUAUGGGUAGGGGAUACUAAAUUAGUGAACGGGUUGAUUGCUGAUGGACGGUAUGGUAUGGUGUGGCAUAGCAUAGCAUGGUAUUGUGGCGUAUGGGGGGUUUCUUUUUGAUACCAGUUGUUCAGCGGUUGCUGGAUUUUACGUUAUGAUAUGAAAUCGAGAAGAGAUUUCGUUUCAUUUAUGAACCUUCCCCUCGUGUACAGUAUUUUUGAGAGUUGAUGCCAGUUUGCCAGAACAGGUUGGUUGAAAGACUACUUGGUGUAAGCUUGGGAGUAUACUUGACAUCUAUCCGUGGUAGUAGUGGUCAAGUUCAAAUAUAUCUUAACACUUUUCUUUACACCUUUUGGGGAG